UUUAAUUAUUUUAUUAAUUGCACUUUUUCAUCUAAAUAUUACAUAUAAAUAGGUGCAAAUGCAAAGUAUAAUCAGAAAAAUGUUUGUUCAAGUGGGGUUGCUGCUUCUACUUUCGCGGGGACUUCUGGGCGAGUCUGAUUUCACGGAUAUUGAUGGAGAUACGCGAAUCGUAGGGGGUCAAGAUGCUCCAGAGGACUUCGCGAUUUACCAAGUCUCCAUACGUAAGCACAACAAGAAUCAAGAAUGGCACACGUGUGGCGGAUCUAUCAUACACGAAGAAUGGGUUUUAACAGCUGGUCACUGCACAUAUGGUGUUGAUGCCAAAGUACUGUCCAUAGUGGUUGGAUCAAACCUACUCAUAUUUGGUGGCGACAGUUACAAAAUAAAGAAAAUUAUCACUCACGAGAAUUAUGCAAAAAAAGAUUUAAGGAAUGACAUAGCUCUUAUGAAAGUCGACGGGAAAAUCAAAAUGAAGAAGAACGUUAGGGCAAUCAAAUUGAUGAAACAGCCUGUUGCUGCUGGAACAAUUUGUGCUCUGACAGGAUGGGGGGAAAUUAACGAUAAAAGAACUGUGCCGAACAAACUUCAAAUUAUGUUCUACAGGACAAUUAACAACAAGGAGUGCAACAAGAGGUUAAAAGGUUUCAAUUUCGCACCAAUCGAUGACAAACAGCUCUGCGUGAGAGGACCAGAUAAGAAGGGUGCCUGUAGAGGUGAUUCAGGAGGUCCUCUGGUCGCUCGUGAUGGAAACAAAAACAUUGUUCAAGUUGGAGUCGUGUCCUGGGGGACAAUCCCGUGCGCUAAAAACUACCCGGAUGUUUUUGCGUCAAUUUCUGGCUAUUCUGACUGGAUUGACAAACAUAUGAAGGAUUAAAAUUAUGUUUCGACAAAUUAUUAAUUGCUAACCAACCUUCAUAUAAAAGUCUAUCAGACCAGAUAUAGGAUAAGUUUUUUCAGAUAAAGUUAUUUUUUUUUCAUUGUGCACAAUGUCUCAUACAUUUAAUAAAGAGUGAUAUAUAACAA